AAUGAGUGGUACAAUAGUUGUGGGUUCAAAUAUUUAUGAGACUGAAUUCUUAGAUGAAAUAUUUAUCUAUUAUGGAAAUAAGACUGCCAAUACCAUUAACUUUAAGGAUGGUUUGAUUAUUAGUCCAGCCAAAUUAGACUUACCAGAAUAUAAAAUUAAUAGAUCUGAAAGAGGAGAAAUAAUCAUGACUAUUAUUAAAGAAGCUAUGAAUUUAUUUGAAUAUUCUAAGCUAUCUGAUACUGGAAUUAUUAAUAUGUUUGAAUUGAUGUAUACAAAUCAAUUAAAAUCAUAUCCCACUCUAAGAUUUUAAUUAAUUGAAAGAGAAUAACCUUCAGUAUUAAUGGAUGUUCGUAAAUCCUAUUUUACUAUGCAUAAUUGUUAUUAAAUUAUUAAGACUUUAAACAUUGAUCCAACUACAUAUUUUAAGAAUAAAUAUGUUUUAUUAAGAUAUCCUGAAAAAAAAAUGAUUGUUUAAAUUAAAUCAGUUGUUUUUGAUUAAGAGUUUACCUAUAAAGGUGUCUCUUUAGAAGAAUAUUUCAAAAAUAAAUACUAAUUAAAAAGCAAAACAAAUGUGUAUUUAGAAACUUACAAUACUCAAAAUAUUAAAAAAUAAUUCUUAAUAGCUGAAUUUUGUGAUUUAAAAAUUGAAUACAUUGAAUAAGAUGUCACUAUCUAUUGUUAAUAAUUGGAGUAUUGGAAUAGAAUUAUCAACAAUAGUACCUCAUUUAUUUAAUUCUUAAAUUAAUUUAAAUUAAUAAUUAGAAAUGAAUAACUUGAAUUUAAAUAAUAAUAUUUAGAACCAGGUAAUUUAGUGUUCAAUAAUUCAGCUAAAUCAAUAUUUUAGAUAGUAGCAUCCAGAACUUCAAGUGAAUUUGAAUAUUAUUAUAGUGAUUUUUUUCUUAAAAAUCCAACUACUUUUACAACCUCUUUGGCAAUUAAUAAAUUAUUAAUCUUUGUAACAAGAGAAAUUAUUGAAUUUAGAGACAAUUUUAAAUAAUUUUUAGAUAAAUUUGAUUCCUUUAUUAAAUCUAGAUAAUAUAAAAUAUCAUAACCAUAAAUAUAUGAUAUUAAUAAUAAUUUGAAUGAAAUUUUGGAAAAAUACGUCACAGAAGAUGCUUAUGUACUUUUUGUUGGAGAUUAAACAACAGAUUUUCAAUAAGCUAGAAAUAAUUUAUUAUAAAAAGCAAUUCCCAAUUAAAUUAUCAUUCUUCCAAUUUAAGAUCAAGAAAUAAAUAGAUUAUUAGCCAUGAUGACUGCAAACUUAGGUAGUGUACCUUGGUCUAUAAAAGAAAUAAAUGGAUUCAUAAAUAAUAAAAAGAGUGCUGUAUUGGGAAUUUGGAAAAGUGAUAAUAGCUUUUCUGCAUGUCUUAGUAUUAACAAAUAUCUCAAUAAAUAUAUAUCCUCUUAUGGAGAUUUAGAUUAAAUUCUAACUCUUCUUUUAGCAACCUAUUAUGCAACUCAUAAAAUUUUAGCUGCUUAAAUUAUUGUAUUUGCUGAAGAUGAUUAUUCUUAAAUUAUAGAAUAACGAGUUUAAGGAGUAAUUUAAUUAAUUAGAGAUCAAGGAUUAGCACAACAAAUCUUAAAGCCUGAAGUUGUUAUGGUCUAAGUUAAAGAUGCUAGUGCAGAAAGAUAUUUCACUUAUUUCGAAAGGAAUUUGUAUAUUAUUAUUUCUAUCUUUUUUUUAGUGAAUCUUACUAUUGCAAAAACCCAUAAGUAGGUUGCAUAGUCCCUAUCAAUGAAAAGUAAGGUAGAUUUUCAUUUCAUUCAUAAAGAGGAGAAUAAGGAUGUUUAUAAGCAUAAUAAUUAUACAUUAGUUCAUCCAAUACAAAAGAAAUAGCAUAAUUAUACUAUCAUUUGAUUUUCUUAAAUUUUGAUUUGAGUUCUAUCACUUAUUUACCAGCACCCCUUCAUUAUGCCAAAAAAUUGUCGAAGCAUUAACUUCAGAGUGAAUUGUACAAAAAAGCUUUAGAAAAAGGAUUUUUGUUAUUUGUUUGA